AUGGGGGGCGAUGGCGGCUCCUUCUCUGGCCGCGCCGAAAUGGUGCGGACAAAAGGAUUUAAAUUUCUUCGAAAUUUAGGAGGAAUGGGGUAUACACCAAACACCCAAAUUCGAGCCGGUGAUGAACGCUUCGGCAAGAACGAAAGCCGCGAUCUGCGCACCUCAGCAUGCGCCUUCUCCCAGGAGAAGCUGCAGCCGCCGUUACUGGCCUGUCGUAUAGGGCGUCUGUACAACAAAGAGGCGGUGAUAAAGGCGCUGCUAGAGAAGGCGCUGCCCCCCCACAUGAAGCACAUCAAGGCGCUCAAGGAUAUGAAGGAGCUUAAGGUUGAGCUCAACGCCUCCACGGGUUUCCCCAUCUGCCCCAUCACCCAGGCGGACCUAUGCAGCGGCGUUCGCGCCUGCAUUGUGUGGCCGUGCGGCUUCAUCUUAUCCAACAGAGCUCUAGAGGCUAUGACGCAGAAGGUGCUUCUAGGAUCCUGGGUGGUGAACGUGCGCUGCAGCAGCAGCAGCAGCAGCAGCAGCAGCAGCAGCAGCAGCAAAGUAGAUUCAGGGCGGCCAAGGAUUCGGGGCUCCUUUGUCUGCCCCAUGUGCGCCAAGGAGCACGACGCAGCCGAAGACCUCAUCCCGCUGUCUCCUGAUGAGGAGGAGACGUCGUUGCUGCUGGAGAAGGCUCUGCUGCAGCAGCAGGCGAAGCAAGCGGCCAAGAAGAAAGCCAAAGCAGCAGCAGCAGGUGCUUCUUCUGCUGCCCCAGACAACAGCAGCAGCAGCAGCAGCAGCAGCAGCCCUACUGGUGCUGCUGCGUCUCCGCCUGAGGAGAAAGCAACGAAGGAAGAGGCCGCGAAGACAAAGGCUGCUGAGCCUGGAGAAAAAACAGAGACAGCAGAAACGCCCGCAGUAAUUAAAAUAAAUACUCAAACCAUCUCGCCACCCCCGACCUCAAAAAGGCUCAGGGAUUGGGUCCUAGACGCAGAGGCAGCCAUCGUGCCCCCCGCCCCCAGCAGCAGUGCAAAGCAGAGGAAAGUAGCAGCAUCACCCAGGCGGACCUAUGCAGCGGCGUUCGCGCCUGCAUUGUGUGGCCGUGCGGCUUCAUCUUAUCUAACAGAGCUUUAG